AUGAAGGAGUCGCUACCCUUCCUCUCCUGUGGACGUGCCCCGCUCCAGUUGGAUGGGCCCCUCCUCCCUUUCCUUUCCAAGGUUGCUUCCUGCAGGCAGGAAUACGAGCUCCACGGGGUCGAAAAGGCGGAACCCCGAGGAAGGCUCCUUCCUAAUCUUCAAUCUCAGGAAUCUGAGGACAUGUGGCUGGGAUCUAAGGAAUUGUCUCAACUUGAGGCCGAUACACGGGGAAAGGACCUUCGAUACCCGAACUUGAGCUCCGAGUAUGGCAAAAGAAACAUUAAUUAUGAAGGAUAUUUGAUAAGAUCCGCAUUAAUGAAUGACCACCAUUACCUCUUCAGAUCUGGGGGCAAAGCGCCGUGGUUUGCCUGUCAAUGUCCCGUCUGUCAGGGGGAAAGGCCCUCGAACCCACAAGGCCAUCAAAUCAACAGUUGGCGGGUUUCCAAGGCCUCUUUGAUGGAUCUGAGCAAUAAGAACUUCGCGAAACUGUUCGACGAAGCAUUCGGAUACAAACUCCUCCCUCCCUUCGACCCGUAUCGUGACAGCCUGAGUUACAUGUUAGGUUCUUAUGUGAUUCCAUACAUGGGACUUAUAGGUUAUGUUGGGACAAAUCCAAAUCUUAUUGGCCACAAAUCUAAGAUGCUGUGGGCAGGACUGUUGGGGGUUGAAGGAGGCCAAGAUGCCGUUACACGAAUGUAUCUGUACGAGCGAUUUAAUGAAACAGUGAAGCCAUACAAGAUCACGGUAGCAGAGUUUACAAUCCGCAUUUCGGAGCUGAGGAACAAGCUGGCAAUGUGUGGCAUCAAAGAUGAAGGAAUCAUAGUCCCACUUGAGCUCGGGGCCGAGAACCGAACCACUAGCAACGUUUUGUCAACCAACACCGACUCCCUCUCUUAUAGCAGAAUUCCAGCAGAGAUACUGACGUUCCUGUAUGACUCCGGCGACGAGAGUGUGCCCGGCGGAUUCUAUCCCCGGGGAGGAAAUGGAAAGAUUGCUAGGGGAUUUCUGAAAUAGACAUAGCCAAAAAUGCUAGCCUAAACAUUAAUUAAUGAAUAAAUAAUUUCUAUUUUCAUGUAAUGUUGUUAUGAUCGACGUUAGUGAUCAAUCUGUUGU